UUGUUUUCAUUUCACAGGUCUUUAAUUAGUUUGGAGCUUUGAGAGCGUUUGCCUCUAGUGAAUGAUGCAUUGAUGAUGUUCUCAAACAAUUAACUUUAGGGGGUUGUAUCUGCUUGUUGGCCUUCACAUUGGCCUUCCUAUAACCGCCCCAUGCCCGAUUCGUAAUUGAUAAAUUGUUAUUGAAUUCCAUGCCCAGCUCUCGGUAAUGAUGGGAGAACUUUUGGAUUGAAGGAAAUGGAUUAACUUUACUGUACUGCUGCAAUUUAGGUUAGAUAGCUGUUAAUCACGAUUAUUUACGAGAAAAUUGUUGAAGCUUUUAAACUCCAUGAGUUUUUUAAGUUAUUCAGAGAGUGACUCGCCAUAGGUCACGAUCAUGACUACUGGAACGGUAGAGUCUGUGUCUUCAAUACAUCACUGGCCUUUUAAACACUGACAAAGUUUUAUAUAUGAUGUCAGGGUUCAGGUUAUCUCUAGGUAUCUAAGGUUUAUGUAAGACUGUAGCACUUAUGUUAUGAUAAUGCCUUUUCUGGAUAUAAUUAAAUGAGCAGAUGUUUUAAACCUUCUCAAGGCUUGUUUUGUUAUAUAGAAGCAUUUCGAAGGCCUCUCCUCUUGUUUGUGAAUGCUAUAAAGUUUCUGCUUUCUCAAUAAUUUCUUAUGAUAGGAAUCCAGUUUGCAGGAAACACUUACAGCAAUUUAACUAGUUUAUGCAAAUUCUGCUCUUACUAGAAGUAGAAGGUGCAGAUACUCACAUUGGUUUCACUAGAAUUCUUCCAUUGUUAACGAUCCACACUAGAUUGUGUAUUAUCAAUGGAUGGCUCCUUCAUUAAUCACAGCCAUUCUUUCCCUGGCCAUGAUUACUUAGUGAUGCAUAAUCUAUACCUAAAUGUGUCUGCAUGUAUGUAUUAAGGCAUCUUACUUGCUAAUAGUGUAUCAGCCUUUCUAACUUUCUAAUAUCUUUUUCCAUGUAAGGGAAAUCAUUUACACCUUUAGGACUUGGUUCAAAAAAUUUAAAACACGAUCUAGGGUCUGAAAAAGAGAACAGUGACAAGAAAUCUUAUGUAUUGAUUCUGUUGUAUAUGGUAAGAAUACGGGUUCUCAUAAAAUGUGGAACUUAAAUGGUGGCAUGCUGGUUCCUUAAACUAGACUUGGUUAGAAGACAGAGAGAAUAUGACAGGGAAUAUGGAAAAUUAUCUAAAUCUUUCUCAAAGGGGUGCCUUUUCUUUUCUGAAAAAAUAAUUGCAUUUGUUUUGAAUGAAAGACUGUGUCAUUGAUCAAAAACCUACUUACAAAAGAAACCAACCUAGAUUAACCUAUCCUCUCGUCAUUCACUACCUCAUUGAUGUCUUAGGGUGGAUGAUCAAAGGUGCUACAAACCUCAUCUCUAAUAUGACCCUGUGUAACUAAAAAGUCAGCUUCAAUAUUGUCCUCUCCCUACAAAAACAUCACAGUAGCUAUCCAGUCCCCGGCAAGCAUCUCUCUGAUUUCCUCAAUUACAUCUUUAUAUGGAUGAAAUUCCAUAUUUUCCCUCAGAAUCAGAUUGUAACCAUGUGUGGAAUCAGUAAACACUUUCAGAUUCUUCAGCCCUUUAACCCAGCCCAUCUUGAACCCUGUUAUCUGGCUUCAAGUUCAGCAACAAUGGGUGGCACUUUUUCAAGUUUUCUGCUAAAACCAACUACCCGUUCUCCUCUAUUGUUUCACACAUCUCCGCGUGCUCUAUCUCUGUUAUGCAGAACAGACCACCAACUUCCAGCAAUGCAGCUUCUUGAUAUUCUCUUGUAGCUCUCAGAAAAAUAGUUGCAUUUUUGUGUACAGUCAUCUCUAUCUGAUGAAGGUGUGAGUUGACAUAUAGAAAGUCUAAACAACCUCUCAUGAAUUAAACGCCAAUAAGUCAAAUUAAUUUUACAGGAGAGAUUCCUCACCAAUAAUCAUGUCCAGUUUCAAUGGAGAUGUUCAUGGUCAGUUUUCAGAUCUUUUAAGGUUGUUUGAGUAUGGAGGAUACCCACCAGAAGCCAAUUAUUUGUUUCUUGGUGAUUAUGUUGAUCGUGGGAAGCAGAGCAUAGAGACAAUAUGUUUACUCCUUGCAUACAAGAUCAAAUACAAGGAGAACUUCUUUCUUCUCAGGGGAAACCACGAAUGUGCUUCCAUAAAUCGUAUAUAUGGAUUUUAUGAUGAAUGCAAGAGAAGGUUUAAUGUUCGCCUCUGGAAGACAUUUACCGACUGCUUUAAUUGUUUGCCUGUUGCUGCUCUUAUAGAUGAGAAGAUCCUUUGCAUGCAUGGUGGACUAUCUCCUGAUCUUAAAAAUUUGGAUCAGAUAAGAAAUAUUGGCCGCCCUGUUGAUGUUCCUGAUCAGGGCCUUCUCUGUGACCUGCUCUGGGCUGAUCCUGAUAAAGAUCUUGAUGGCUGGGGAGAAAAUGACCGGGGUGUCUCAUUUACAUUUGGAGCUGACAAGGUUGUUGAAUUUCUUGAAAAACAUGAUCUUGAUCUGAUUUGCAGAGCUCACCAGGUUGUUGAAGAUGGAUAUGAGUUUUUUGCAAAGCGUCAGCUAGUGACCAUAUUCUCUGCCCCAAAUUACUGUGGUGAGUUUGACAAUGCUGGUGCCAUGAUGAGUGUAGAUGACACCUUGACAUGCUCUUUCCAGAUCCUUAAAGCUUCUGACAAGAAAGGAAAAGGUGGAUUUGGAAACAGCACGCAAAGACCAGGAACUCCACCCCACAAGGGUGGGAAGGGUUGAUUAACACAACAUCCAAGCAGUAAGUCCGCUCUGGUGAGCGGGAUGGAGGCUUUGCUGUUCAUGCUGCGUCAUGAUUCGCAAGGUUUAUCGUAUGAUGGCUUCCUUCCUUAACAAACGACGAACAACUGAUGACUGACAAGGGAUAAGACCCCCCCCCCUUUUCUGCAUUUUGUUUCCUGCUUUUCUUCUAAAUGACUCCUGUCUUUCUUCUUUAAAUGUAAAAUCGAUUUUCAAACUUCAUUAGUUAACAUGCAUAGCUUAUUAUCCUUCGGAAUUUCCAUUUCAAGUUGCAUCAACUUUAGGUGGAAUUGCGCCCCAGUGCGCCUGUUUCUCAAUACAGGUCUACCAUUCAAUUGUGUUCCAUGAAUAUCAACAUAUUAAUAUAAAAUAUGUAACAAGUUAUACUA